AUGGGUAUUGGAUUAAAGCCUCUGGAAUUCACAGAUUGUCUGACAGACAGUCCAUUUUUUCGAGAGAAUUUACAUUAUCAUGAACGUGAAUUGGAUAAAACCAGCCAACAAAUAAAACGAUUAAUUAAAGAAGUUAAAGAAUUGUUGGUUGCUGCUAAAAAAACACAAACUGAAGAUGAAUUACAUAUAUCACAAAGCUUAAAGGAAUUUAGUAAAUUAAUUGCUUCAAUUGAAGAUGAAAGGGAUCGUAUGCUUGAACGAGCCUAUGACCAAAUAAUACUGCCAUUAGAAAAUUUUAGAAAAGAACAUAUCGGUGGAGUUAAGGAAGGAAAAAAGAAAUUCGAAAAACAAACGGUUAAAUUUUGUCAAAGCCAAGAACGCUAUUUAAGUCUUUCAACAAAGAAGCAAGAUAACGUUCUUCAAGAGGCUGAUGCAACGCUUGAUAUGGCUGAAAGACAUUUUUGUCAAGCUAGUUUAGAGUAUGUUUUCUUGUUGCAAGAAGUUCAAGAAAGAAAAAAGUUUGAAUUUGUAGAAACGCUUCUGGGUUUUAUGUUUGGGUGGUUAACUUUCUAUCAUCAAGGCCAUGAAGUAGCAAAAGAUUUUAAACCUUACAUGACCGAGUUACAAUUAAAAAUACAGAAGACUCGAGAAAAUUUCCUUGCCACUCGAGAUAAAACUGAAUCGCUUAUGAACAAAAUGAAGGAUAUGAAAAAGUCUGCAGUUGAAUCUGGUAUAAGUAAAUUAUAUUCAAGAGAAGGAUAUUUAUUUCUUAUGGAAAAAAAAGCGUUUGGUGCAGGUUGGACAAAACAGUAUUGUACAUACCAAAAAAAUACAAAAGAAUUUACUAUGAUACCGUACAAUCAGUUAACUGGAAAAUUCAGUAACAAAGAAACUUUAAUAUUAGCAAGCUGUACUCGUCGCAUGUCCGAUACCAUUGAAAAAAGAUUUUGUUUCGAUAUUACAGCAUCAGAUAAGCCUGGGAUAACUUAUACAUUUCAAGCUUUAUCUGAGGAGGAUAGGAAAUUAUGGAUGGAUGCCAUGGAUGGAAAAGAACCCACAUAUGCAUUUCAGUGCUCUCCAGCCAAAUCAGAUGAAACUGUCUUAGAUGAAACUGGAUUUUUAUUCGUUUCUAAAUGUAUAAGUGCUCUCGAAAAUAGAGGCUUAGAGGAACAAGGACUUUACCGUGUUGUAGGUGUAGCCUCUAAAGUAAAUAAAUUAUUGGCUAUGGGUUUAGAUAAAAGAAAAUUGGAAAAACUUAAUUUCGAUGAUAAAUUUGAGUGGGAAAGUAAAACAAUUACGAGUGCGCUCAAAACUUAUCUCAGAACAUUAUCCGAACCAAUUAUGACAUUCCGUUUUUACAAUAGCUUUAUAAUCGCUGCUAAAUUAGAGUCCAGAGAGUCACGUAUUCAUGAUAUACACACGCUUGUUUACAGACUACCAAAAGCUAAUUUUAAUAUUUUGAUGUUAUUAAUAAAGCAUCUUCGCAAUAUUGCAAAUAAAUGUGAUAAAAAUUUAAUGACGGUUGGAAAUUUAGCCGUAUGUUUUGGUCCAACAUUAUUGCGUCCCGAAGAAGAAACUGUUGCGUCAAUUAUGGAUAUUAAAUUUUAUAAUAUAGUUGUAGAAAUAUUGAUUGAAAAUUAUGAAAGAAUAUCAGCUGGACCACCCCACGAAUUUACACAACCAUCACAUUCAGUACAAAAGUUAACUACUAUUUCAGUAGAAAAACGUGAUAUUGAAGAAAUUCCAGGUGCAUCUGGAAAUGGUAAUCCACUAAAUCGAUGCAAUAUGCAUUCGAUUCCAGUAUUACAUUCAAGCCUCAAUAAAGGAUUUUACGAAAAGCCUUUAUCAAUUUUAACAAAAUCCUUACCUGCUGACAAUCAUAAUGAAGACUUUGAUGAUAUAAAAUAUGGAGUACAACACUUACCUUCAUACUCUGACCCUCGAAUUAGUCGUCCGAAAUUAGUAAACACUAAUUUUAUGUAUUAUUCAACUGACAAAGUUGGAAGUGGUAACACAAGCAGUUCAAAUGAAUCAGUUGCUUCAGAUUCUCAUCUUCUAAUGACAGGUCUACCUUUAAAACAUAAGCGUGGGCCAAUUAUGGGAAUGCAUUACCCAUCUGAAUACUUGCAACGUAAUAAUUCUGCAACAUCUUUUUCCAACACUUCUCCUGCCAGUGGACGGUCAAGUCCAGGACAAACAUCCGGAAUUUGGAGAGUUCGGACAUUAUACGCCUGUAUGGCUGAAAACGAUGGAGAGCUUUCAUUUGAACCUAAUCAAAUAAUAACAAAUGUGAGACCAUCGCUCGAACCCGGAUGGCUAGAGGGGACAUUAAAUGGAAAAACUGGAUUAGUACCAAAAAAUUAUGUCGAACAAUUACCCUGA